UGCUGGUGGUUGGAAUUCAAGCCGCUGGCGGGUGGCGUGGAGGCUCCCUGUUUGCGGACACCGCCGGAAAAGGGGUUCUCCUGCCCGCUCCACGCAGGCAAACUGCUGACAGUGGCAAAGCCACGUUGCCACGCUUGGAGGAAAACCGCCUUGGUUUCUUUUCUUUCUUUCUUUUUUUAAAGUCUAUUUGGGUUUGGUUUCGUCUAGGGUUUGGGCCAUCGCGUGCGGUUUGCUUCUCCUCUCGGCUGCUCGGGUUGAGGUCCUGGCCGGGAACGAGAAGCUGGAAGGGCUUUAGGACCCGGCGCGUCCCGGUCCCCGGAGCCCCGGGCGGAGAGGCUUGAAUGAGAGGCUGGAGGGGACCUCCGCUGAAAGGACUCGCGGCGGAAUAGCUCCGCUGUCGCCAGGCAACCGCCCUGACGCAACGCAAAAAAAAAAAAAAAAAAGUCCCUUAAAAAAAGAACAGUGCUGAGAAUUCGCCGUAGCACGAGAGAAAGGGCGGCAGAAGCCGACUCAGCCCCGAAGCCGGGGCCAGAGGCUGCGGAGGAGCCGGGAGCCCACUUCGAAAGGAGAAGGCGGGGACCUGGUGACACCCCGGGAGGGGCCUCGGAGCGCACGGGAAGGUGUGGACAAGGGAGCUCUGAGUGAUAGCCUGAGGUGCAGCCAUUAGCACAGGACUUGCAAACCAAACUUCACUGGGAGAAACGCCUGAGAGCGCGGGUGCUCCCCACACCAGCUUUGACCAAGACCAGGAAUACAGAUGAGCUGGGAAAGAUGAUCCGUGCAGGGCCAAACCAGCAGUGGCCCCGCCUGCUUCGGUCACCAUGGCAACCUUGGAGGAGAUGCGGAAACUGAGGCUCAGCAAGCCUGGAAGCACCUACAGCUGAGCAAUCUGAUUCCAAGUCUUGUGCUUCUGUCUCAAGACCUAGUGGUUCUCAACCCUGGUCCUCUCAGAUCACGUGGGGAGCUUUGAGUUGAUGCCUGAGUCUGGUUAUAGACGAACUGAACCAGGACCCCUGGGACAGGCCUGGGACUCAUGUUGUGGAGGUUCCUCAGAGGAUUCUCAGCUGUGUGACUGGAGGUUUCUUUGCUUUCUGCUCUGACGAGGUGAGGUCCCACACCAGCCAGCAGCUUCCCGCCGCCUGCCCUUCCUGCGAAGGGGACAGGGUCCGUCCUGCAUCCCCACUGGAGUCUGAUCUGCCUGCCCCUCCAGCACUGAUAGAUCUUCUUGGCAAAGCUGCCCCCAAAGAUUCCUGCUAAUGCUUGUCUGUUCCUGCUCUUGCAAAGCAUGGCGCCCACAGCGCUCCAGGAAGCCUCUUAAGCCCUGAACGUCGGCAGCUGCUCCAGAGGACGCUGUGUAGGUCCCCUCCGCCCCCUCUGGACUCCAGGAGCCGCGCCCUUCCUAGCGAUGCCCUCGGGAGCCUUGGCCCCCACUGGAUGAGACCCCUCCAGAGCAGGACCCGACCUUGCUGCCCACCAAGAAUCCCUCGGCACCCUCCACCACCUCUCAUGUCUGGCUGUCCGGGCAGGUUCUAGAAUGUCUGUGCCCCAGAUCCAAGUAGGAGAAGGGGCCGGUGGGGAAGAAGGGCCGGCAGGAACGACCCCACCUCCAGAUGACCACCUCCGGAGCCUGAAAGCCCUCACGGAAAAACUGAGGCUGGAGACCCGCAGGCCUUCCUACCUGGAGUGGCAGGCCAGGCUGGAGGAGCAGACGUGGCCCUUCCCAAGGCCGGCGGCCGAGCAGCGGGGCUCGGCGGAGGAGGAACCCUCGCUGCUGCGAACCAGAGCACUCAGGCCGCGUCCCCCAUCUAGUGGGAGGGCUAACCAGGACGCCGGGCCCCCGCCCACUGGCAAGCUGGAGGGCUUUGAGAGCAUCGACGAAGCUAUAGCUUGGCUCAGGAAGGAACUGAUGGAGAUGCGGCUUCAGGACCAGCAGCUGGCGCGGCAGCUCAUGCGCCUGCGCAGCGACAUCCAAAAGCUGAAGAUCGAGCAGACCUGCGACCUCCACCGGCGGAUGCUCAACGACGCCACCUACGAACUCGAGGAGCGGGACGAGCUGUCCGACCUCUUCUGCGACGCUCCCCUCGCCGCCUCCUUCAGUCUUUCUGCACCACUCAAGCUCAUCGGGGUCACCAAGAUGAACAUCAACUCCCGCAGGUUUUCUCUGUGCUGAGAAGCCCAAGACGGGGCGGUGGAGCCAGAACGAGGGUUUGGGAGGUGAGCCGGGGGUGUAGGAAGGGAGCUGAGGCCCAGCUACCCCAGGGGGUCUCUCUGGAGGCAGGGUGUCCCCAGGACAAGUGCUCUCGGAGCCCAGCUGUGGAGCCCAGUGUCCCCAUGCCUGACCCUGGUUUAAUACCCAGGGUCCUGCAGAAGGGCUGCUCCAUCCGAUGUUCAGUGAGACCUGGGUACCCCACGCACACAUCUCAUCCCCCCACUUGGUAACGCAGAUUCCUGUUUCCCGGAAUCACUGGUGCUAUGACCUGGGAACCCAAAGUGGGGGGUGGGGGCAAAGCUGUGAUUCUUGCAGAAGGCUUCCCCAAGGACACCGAACCCCAGAAGGGAGGCAUUAGAUACGUCAGCCAUGCCUAUUGUGCUCUGAGGCUCACUUCACCCUAAGUGGUUGACUCAGCAACCUCAACAGGGACCCACCAGCAAAGGAAAAUCAAAAAGAAUAACAGGUGGCACUUGGGAAAGCAAGCCCCACCUGCUGCCAGUGCCCUGGGCAAGGUCUUGGACCUUGGCCCCACAGAUGCCAGGUAAACUGUUUCCGGUAUGUGGGGUCCUGCCAGUGUAGCCGGGGUAGAACAGGCAAGACUGUUGCCCGCUCUGGCUACACACACCAGUCCCAACCUCCAAAGAACCCCUUUGCUGCCACCCCACAAGCUGGCCUUGGUAGGGCCUAGGGGUGGGCUUCCCCAGGGGGACCAGCAGAGGCCUCCUGGUGGCUUCUGACAUUGUCACCUCCGCACCUUCGUGCCCUCCGCAGAAGCUCUCCCUGAGCUGCCUCUGAGCUUCUGUGCCUGAUUUAAACACCUAACUUUAACUAAAUCAGACUGUUACUAACCUAUGGCCAGCUUGUUUAUAACUGCUUGAUUUUUGCCCAAAUGGCGAACCAGUGGUAGGUCAAGUUUGACAGAGGUUCAGGGUUUGGUUUUAAAAGGUUCUGUCUAAGGACGGGUGGGGGGGUCAGCAAGGUGAGGAUGAGACCUCCACAGUUUAGGAAGUUAACCUAGUGGAGCGCCCUGUGCCUGGGGGUUCUGGGUGUUUGACCCAAAGUCUUUGAUCCUUCUAGCCAAGCCCUCUGGUUCACAGAGGAAUAAAAGAGGCUAGUGGAGGAGCCCCCUCCAGGCUCCUCAGUGGCUGUAGAAUAUGGAUGUGUUAAUUAUAAUCAUUAUUAAUAAUGCCUACACCAAUCAUGUAUCAAUGAACUUGAAUUCCAAAGAUGGUACUAAGGCUUUGCCAAACCACGAACUGCCAACCUCUCUACUCUCCGCCUCACUCAACUCUGUCACCUCCCAAGUUAAAAUUCUGCUUGCCGUCAGCAUUCCGUCAUCGAAGUGAGGGGUCCUGUUGCUCUGUCUUUCAUGCUUCGUCUUCCUGUAGAGUUUUAUCAAAGCCCAUGCAUACUUGCACACACACACACACCAUGACCCAUGCUGGGGCAAGGUUGGUUUCCUCUUGUGGGCUGGGAGUAGGAGUUUGUAAAUGAUUGGUCCCUGGUUAGAGGAUGAUUUGGUGUUUCCUUGUGAUUUCUAAGAGCCAGAGGGUUUAUGCUUCCCUCAAAGAUGCUACAACCACCUAGCCAAGGUCUGUUUCAAGCUGACUCUGAGCAGUGGCAGAACUCAGUGGACUCUGAGGUCCAUGGAGAAGGCCUGGGUGGAAGGCCAGGCUGCCCCACGCCUGUCCUCACCCCAGCGAUGCCUUUCCUCGGGGGUUCUGUACAGAUGCUGCCAAGCCCUACAGAGGCACGCCUGCCAGGCUUCCUCCAGAAGAACCCUUGAGGUCAUGGAGUAUCAGGCUGGCCUGCACACACUCACACCCACUCUACAGAGACGUGAACAUGUACACACCCAACCCACAUGGGCAAGCCUAUUCCGUAUUCAGGAAGAAAAGUGCCAAACUGGUUAUUUUUCUUUCUAGAAACCAGUCAUUACAGUAACUGAAAAAGCUGGAAUCAACCAAAGCUGAGCGAUCUAGCUGAAUGUCAUCAAGUCCAUGGAUGAGGCAACUGGGCAGUUCAGUUGCUCAGUUAACCUGAUGAUUCCUUUCUUUGAGAUCAAGGCACACACCUUUUGGAAUAGGUUAGUUGUCUGAGCUAUUGUGUUUAGUUCAUCCCAAGAGAAUCUUACUUUGGGAUAAAGGAGGAGGGGAUCAGGAAGAGAAGCGCAGGGGAAAGACAGGUGUGUUUUCUUACUUGUUGUGCAGCAUCUGUUAGCAGCCUUAUUUCCAAGGUGAAUGCAAAUAACUAACCAGGUCAGUUCAGCUCUGUGAAGUCCCUGCCUCGUGUGGUCAAGAGAUGUCCGAGUCAGUCGCAGCCUAACCUUCCUCACCUCAGAGCAGCCUUCCAGCCCUACUGUGUGUAUACAACACUGUUGCAGUUUUACUCAUUAUCUGCCCAUCUCUCUGACACCCCCAAGAACCCCUGGGUGUAAAACUCGAAGUCUGCAUUAACACUGCCACGCGGGGCAAUGUCUGACACCUUCGUGGGCUCAGCAGUGAUCCCAGAGGCCUGGGGAGCCCAGGCAGGCUUGAGAUGACCUGCCCCUGCCCCAGGCCUCCUCCCUGUAGCAAUACCAAGUGCUAUUAUGUAAUCGAUGGACAAUUUAUAAUUUUAUUUUUUAUGAUUGUUUCUAUAUUGCUGUUAGCAAAAGUGAAAUUAAAAUAUUUCAAAAGGA